AUGCAAACCAUGCUGUACAAUAUGCCCUCUUCUUCUUCUCUUGCUUCCCUGGGAGAACAUAAAUCAUCCAACAUCUCCAAGUACCUCUUGGUUCCAGAAAUCUUUAAGCAAUCCUGGUGGUGGGCCAUCCAUGAGGCCAAAGUCACGACGUGGAAAGUCUUCUCAGAGGAGUUUAAGAAGCAGUUUGCCUCCUGGCAGAUGGAAAAUGUCUGGUGGACUGAAAUGGACGAAACCAGACAAGGCGCAGAACAAAGUGUUGGUGACGUGGCCCUCUGCCUGCAGGAACUCUUUGGCCUGGUUUCUUUGGCCAAUGAGGCCCAGAAAAUCCAGAUUCUGUUGAAGGCUCACCAUCCAGAGAUUGCUUAUGAGGUGGAGAAGUCUGGUCUUCCUCGCUCCUGGGACAAGUUGUUCAGUGUAGAAACCUGGUCAAACUUUGAUACAAAAUCCUUUCUCAAUAAACAAAACCUACACAAGUUCUCACAAAUCUUCGUUCCUAAUCUCAAAUCUUCAAUUCUUCCUCUUAAAAACUUCUUCAACUUCAACCACCACAACAAGAUUUUUAUUACAUAA